CCGGGAAAGGUUCCACUCCUCCGGGAUAGAGGGUUGAGUUUUGUAUGCUUCCAUCCCAUUCUGCAAGACGCUAAAGGCCUCUCAUCAACCUCUCCUGUGUCCAGGAACACCUCCAUAGUAAUCAUUUCGUUUAUUUUGUCUUUUGGAGCUGGAGCGCAUUGCCAGAAGUGGUCGAUUCAACUGAAGCUUUUUUUUGUUGUAAAUGCUUGUUGUAUGAUGACUCCAGCUUGAGGAGCCAUCACCAAAAACAAAAAAGUUUUCUUCAAACGCAUUUCGAAUAAAAACUAGAAUAAAACAGAAGCAACUACAACCAUAUCCUGCUAUUUGAAGGACUUCUUCAACGACUAGGAUCACGUUCCAACCAGCUACCGAGAUAGACUACAGUAACCCACUCUGUGAAUUGUUCAUGUCGUGCCAACACAGGACGGGCUCAAGGAGACAGGACUUGUGAACUCAACUGGGACUUUUAUUUCGUUCUACACGUUUUAACUACAACAAACUUAUUUUACUGUUAUUUGUCAACCACCAAGAAGGAAAGAUUGCUCUUCAACAACUACCUUCCUAUUAUUCUCAUUUGGCUGGAGCGGGUUUGUACGAAACUGUUUUAAUGUUUGGAAUUCAGGAAAAUAUAGGCUUACCUAGAGGAGGGACGACAAUGAAAGAGGAACCGCUGGGCAGCGGGAUGAACUCGGUCCGCUCGUGGAUGCACACAUCCGGGGUAGUGGAUGCGAACACAGCCGCCCAAAGCGGUGUGGGUUUGGCUCGGGCACACUACGAGAAGCAACCACCGUCCAACCUCAGAAAAUCCAACUUUUUCCACUUCGUUCUUGCGCUGUAUGACAGACAAGGACAGCCGGUGGAGAUCGAACGGACAGCUUAUGUGGACUUUGUGGAGAAGGACAAAGAACCAAACAGUGAAAAAACUAACAAUGGGAUACACUACAAACUACAGUUACUGUACAGCAACGGUGUCAGAACAGAACAGGAUCUUUUCGUACGAUUAAUCGAUUCCAUGACAAAACAGGCUAUUAUCUAUGAAGGUCAAGACAAAAACCCAGAGAUGUGCCGAGUGCUUCUCACACACGAAAUCAUGUGCAGUCGGUGUUGUGAUAAGAAGAGUUGUGGCAACAGGAACGAGACUCCUUCAGAUCCCGUUAUCAUCGACAGAUUCUUCUUGAAAUUCUUCCUCAAGUGCAAUCAGAACUGCUUGAAGAAUGCAGGAAACCCACGAGACAUGCGCAGAUUCCAGGUUGUUGUAUCAACAACGGUCAACGUGGACGGUCACGUCCUGGCGGUCUCAGACAACAUGUUUGUCCAUAACAACUCCAAGCACGGCAGAAGGGCUCGACGUCUAGACCCUUCUGAAGGUACGGACCCUCCUUAUCUCUAUCAUGGUAGCUACCCCUGCAUCAAAGCCAUCAGCCCUAGUGAAGGAUGGACCACGGGAGGAGCCACAGUCAUCAUCAUAGGAGAUAACUUCUUUGACGGUCUCCAAGUCGUGUUCGGGACGAUGCUUGUGUGGAGUGAGCUGAUUACACCCCACGCCAUCAGAGUGCAGACCCCACCCAGGCACAUCCCAGGAGUCGUGGAAGUCACCCUCUCCUACAAGUCCAAGCAGUUCUGCAAAGGCGCUCCUGGACGAUUUGUCUACACUGCUUUGAACGAGCCAACCAUCGACUACGGCUUCCAGAGGCUACAGAAGGUCAUUCCCAGACAUCCAGGAGAUCCAGAGAGGUUACCGAAG